AUAAAAAGGAGUGUCAGACUUAACCGUGACACUUAUUUGGAACUUCAUCGAAUUAUUGACACAUCUUAUCACUGGAAGACUUGAGAGUAUUUAUUUUGUAUUUCAGUUAAGAAUAAUUUGAGGAGAAAGGCAUGGGGUUGUUUAAAUCCAAACCUAGCCCUCCACCUCCACGUCCACUACCAGCUUUUGACAAAGAAUGGAGACACACAUCUUGGGGUCAUAAAGAGGAAAUGCUGCAGAAACUGAAAGACUAUGUGCCUGAAAACCCUCAAGUGAAGACAAUCAGAAUCCUCCUCCAUGGACCAGCUGGAGCGGGCAAGUCCAGCUUCAUCAACUCCAUCAACAAUAUCUUUCAGGACAAAUGUAUGAGCGUUGCCUUAGCUGAUAAUGCUUCUGCAGGUGCAAGCUUCACAAAAAAGUAUGAAACCCACAAAAUUGUGAAAGAAAAACCUGGAACCUACUACCCCUUCCAAUUCUAUGAUGUCAUGGGCCUGGAGAAUGGUAUUGACAAAGGAGUUGAUGAGGCGGACAUUAUCAAGGCCCUGAAGGGGCAUAUAAAAGAGGGUUACACGUUUAAUCCCAUAUCACCUUUAACCGAGGAGAAUAAGUACUAUGUGAAGGCCCCCACUCUAUCUGACACAGUUCACUGCCUAGUUAGUGCAAUACCAGCUGAUAAACUGCCUAUGAUGAAUGCCAACAAGAAUGAUGAGAAUACUGAUGUCUUCAAGAAGAUGAGAGCCAUCAGACUAGCAGCAAGUUACAUAGGGAUUCCCCAAAUGGUUAUUCUCACCAAAGUGGAUUUAGCCUGUCCAUUGGUGAGGGAAGACCUGAGAAAGGUCUAUCUGAGCAAGUAUAUAAAGGAGAAGAUGGAGCAGUGUAGUAAUGCACUGGGAGUACCAGUAGGCUGCAUUAUGCCUGUGAAGAACUACCACGAGGAAAUCGACUUGGAUGAUGACAUGGAUGUGCUGCUAUUGAGAUCACUGAAGCAGAUGGUGGACUUUGCAGAGGGCUUCAAGCUAUCACAAGCUGACUGAUGUAUAUACAGUACUCCAUCUAUAGCGUGUCACUGUAUAAUACCUCCAUCUAAAGAAGCCCUGUUCACACCUGGUAUUUACACCUGACUUUUGUGAUCCAAUCACCAUGAUCUGAUUACUCUUCAACUAUGGUCCAGUGCGUCCACAAAAGGGUUGGCAUAAUUUCUCAAUUGAACUGAGAAUACAUUUAGAAUUUCAUUCAAAUCUUGAGUUUGAAUUAUAAUUGUCUGUACCGUAAAAUCAACUGCUACCCAAUCUACUUAGCUCUACUCUGGGAAAGGUCUGUUGAAGUCUGUCUGUUUUUUAGUGUUGGUAGGGCAUUCAUUAAACAAUAGUGUCAGUCCUCCUUUACCUAUAAUAAGGUUCAAAGUGAACUUGUUACUGUAUGAAAGGAGUAAGUAUCCAU